GCGGUCUCGUUGAUUUGAGCUUGGAUGGGUCGUUGCGUAUGAUGUAGAUAGCUACAUUUGACUUUAUUCUGGUUUUUAUUAGGCUUAAAUUGCGUUGAAUUCGUUAAAAAAUAGUUCUCAAAAGCUCUCUCUAAGCCUGAAGGCACUCAUCGUGCAGGAGGAUGCUUGACAAUGUGUUCCAUGCCAAAAUUAUAGGGUGCACCUAAAAUCCCUGCUGUUAACACCUGUUUGUGGCGUCUCAAUGAUUUCUGCAGAGUUUCGUUUUAUCACUUGUGUCCAUAUUUUUCGUUCACGAGUGUUUCAACAAAUAUUUGUGGCUGUAGCCCGGAACUUCUCAAAACGGGAAUUUUGGUAAGGAAUUCCGCCACAGUUUAAAAGUCAAUGUAACUUUGAAGUUUUUUAUUGUCUUCUGUUAGCGAUUCGUGAAUUUUUAAUUCAAAAGCCUCUUGUUUCAUUUACAGUGAUACCCUAUGAACGCAUUGGCACCUGGAGACAAUGGAAACCAACCUGCACUUCCAAUAUCAGUGGACACCAAAAGAUCUUUUGACGGAAUUAUGUUCAGUCGCCGGUAUACCAGUUGGGUUCAAGUAGAAGAUGCCCUGAGUCAGCUAGAAUCAGCAACUCAUACGCAUUAUGUGGUGAAGAAGUGCAUUCGGAACCAUGAAUCUCAGGAGUUGAAGUACAAAUUAGUAGUCUAUCGUUGUACAUAUGGCAUGAAGCGAAAAACUAGAGGUUCAGGUUUACGCGUCAAACCGUAAGAAUUCUAUUAUUUAUUUCUGCAGUGCAAAAUACACCGGCUGCCAAUCUGGGUUUCGUAUACGCUACAAGGAAGAUGAGUUCAUCAUUUGUGCCGCGAAAACAGUUCACAAUCACAAAUGUGAACAACGUCUUAUGAUAGGUGAUCCUUAUUUUAGGCGCCUGUCCGGGGAUGAAAAGGAGAAUAUUGCACCUGUUGUAAAGGCUACAUCUGAGGUUGGUGAUGUUUUGGAAUAUGCUGAAGAGAAAUUUAAUAAAAUUUUGACGAGCACGGAUGUGUAUAAUUUACGUAAGGAUGUGAGACCAGCCAUGCCUUUGAGACCAGACGUUAUACGCAUAAUAAGGCAAAGCGGUCAGGUGGCUGAGUACGUAGAUUCGAAUACAGGGAUAACUAACAGAAUUUGCUUCGCCCUGGAUUCACAGGUGCAGUUAUAUCGGAAAUAUGGGGAGGUGGUGUGUAUUGACUCAACAUACAAUACCAAUAAGGAUGGAUAUUCUCUGUUUCAGUUGGUGGUAACAGACAAUAUGGGUCAUGGGAGGCCUGUUUUUUUGGCAUGGACAAGACGAGAAAGGGCAUGUGAUGUCGCUUGGAUCUUGGAAGAAUUCAAAAGAAUGAUGCAGAAUACGUCCAUUACAGAAACUUUCAUAAUGGAUUCGGCCAGCUGUGAGAUAUCCGCCGUGCGUAAUAGUCAAAUUCAAGCGAAAAUCGUCAUCUGUGCAUUUCAUGUAUGCCGGGCUUUCAGCAGGAAGACUCGAAAUCCUUUUGUACGCAGGUUUCUAUAUCGCCUUGUUAAAGCUGCGACACCUGAAAGCGUCAUUCGGACGGUUGAUCGCAGGGUAUGGAAUUACGUCAGGCGUUACUGGGUGCCUAAGAAAGAAACGUGGGCUACUGCAUAUAUGCCGAAUACUCUAUUGCUGUUUAAUAGUACCAACAAUAGAGUUGAAAGCUCUCACAGUCACCUGAAACGAUAUCUCCACAGAAGAGAUCCCCUACACGUAUGUAUGUACAAGACGUAUAAGUGGUGUGUACGCGUAGAAAAGCGUCGGAGUGUUGAAGCCAUCGUCGAAAGUUGUCGGACUCAUAAGUACCACGCACCAGAACCAGUUAUGCCGAUAUUACGAAACUUCACUCCUUAUGCUGCUAAGUUAAUUGCCAAGGACUAUAGCCGCAAUCGUCGAAUGAGCAUAGAGUUGUAUACUGAUGAUAUGGCUAUCAUAAAUGACGACAUCUACCUGCACCAAGUGGAAUAUACCAACUCAAGUUGUACCUGCAGAACUUUUAGGGCACAACGAAUACCUUGCCGGCAUAUGCUGCUGGUUCACACUCUAAUUCCUCAGUUUACAGGUAAAUCAAACUCUUACUAAUAUGUAAACUAAUACUUUUAGUUGAAAAAGUACUUCGACUGUGUCGCAGAUGGUUUUGGCGGGAUCCGUUACUACCAAUUAGUGUGCCGUGUGAAAGUUCAGUAAAGAAACCCUGCAGGGAGAUACUGCAACUUCGCCGGCAGUUUAACAGAAGCUUCGCAGUUAUGCAGGAUAAUUAUAGUAAUGAAUACACUAUCAGUGCAUUGCGUGCAACCCUGAAUUACUUUCAGAAUUUUCUUGUCUGAAAAUGGAAGAUGUACAUAUAUUUUGUGUCAAUAGCUGCAAAUAUAUCCUAACUUCUAA